UUCUUAGCCAAAGAAAUACACAGUGCUGGCUAAUUGAUAAGGAAACCCUGAUACACAGAAAUUGAUAGCAUACUUUUAGGCAACUGAAAAUAGUUUCUUGCUAACAACAGUCAAGUGUGGUGAUAAAGAUCUCUAACAACGAAAAGGAAGUUCCAUUGCCUCUACGAGAAAGCUAUAAAAGAGUGGAUACAAUAACCGAGCAAAUGUCAGUAGUUCUCUCAAAAUUAAAGCCGAAACACCAACGUAUACUUAUUAAUUCAACAUUUCAUUGCAAAUGUAUUGUUCCUUUACUUUUCAAAAUGAUAAAAGUUGAAAAUAAUAAAAAUCCGAUAACAGAAUUCUCCUUUGUAUUGUGCUGCUAUGUUAUGUAAUGGAACACAUUUCGAGUAAAAAAUUGAAAAUUUUUGCACGUAAGGAACAGACCCAAAAUGUUGGCAAAUAAUUCUAAGCCCCCAAUCAAACACAAUCCUCCCAUUUACUACAUUCACUUCGAGGAUUAUCUGAGACCGAAAAACGUAGAGAAAAACCAAAAACCAUUGCUGCUGCCCGAAAAACCAGAAUUACGUUUAAAACUUUUGGAACAUCCGGUAUUGGUGGCAGGACGUAAAUCUAAAUGGCAAAUUUUCAAAGACAAAUUUAAAAAAUUCCAACAAAGAUUUGCAAAACCGAAACCACAAACAUUUUUAAGGACACCUGAGAGGCAUGGCAGCCCUACGACAAGUCAGGGCGAAGAAGACCUUGGCAAGGUUAAACAUGUCAUUGCAAAAUGUCGUCAAAAGGUAGCAUUACGUAAACGACGUUGGGGUUCGAUAAAGUUGCCGCAAUUUCUAUCGUUCUUAAGGGCCCGAAAUGAUGAUGGUCUGUGCAAACGGAAAUCCGGCUUUGAAAUAUAUUGUGAAAUGGCCAGCAUUCAUGGUUUCAUUAAUUUUGUUGGUUCCACAACGGGUCAGAGGGCAUUUUGGUGUUUUGUCAUAUUUGUGGCCAUAUCCAUGUCGGGAUUCAUUUUACUGCUGUCGCAUUUAAUGAACACCAGUACACCAACAAUUUUGUAUACAGAAAGUACACAAUUUCCAACCUGGAUUAUACCAUUUCCCGCCGUGACCAUAUGUAACAUGAAUUUGAUGUCUAAGACCAAAACCAAUGCCUUGGCAGAGAGAUUUAAACGCAAUACAAAUCUCACGAAAACAGAAAUAAUUCAUUUAUUUCGCCUGUUCUUAUAUACCGCACAGACGAUUAAGGCAAGUAAUGAAGAAUACCAAAAACUGGAUGUAUUACUGCGAGGGCAAAACAUGACAUUAUACGAAUUGGGAGAGAGAUUGGCCCCAAAUUGUGAAACAUUAUUGCUGCGUUGUAAAUGGAAGGGACGCCAUGAACGCUGUAGCAACAUAUUCCGGAAAGUCCCCACUUCAACUGGCAUCUGUUGUGCUUUCAACUCACAUUUAGACAAAAUUCAAAAUGAUAAAAGAACAAAUUUAGAAAAUAAUGACGACUUAGAAUAUACUACCAGUUGUGGCGCCCAAACAGGAUUGACAGUGCUAAUAAAUCCCGAAUUGGAAGACUAUCAUUUGACGCAAAGAAAAAUGGCCGGCGUUAAAGUAUUCAUUAGAGAUGCUUAUGAUUAUACAAACACUAACGGUUUGGAGAGCAUCAUUUCACCGGAUACCAUAAAAUUUAUUCGCAUUAUGCCGCAACAAACGCACUCAACCGACUACUUGGCAAGCCUAAAUUUACGUUCACGACGUUGCUAUUUAGCCAACGAGAGAAAGUUAUUUCAUUUCCGUUCAUAUUCUCAAGUGAAUUGUUUGAUGGAAUGUCGCUCGAUGAAGUUGCACGAAACGUGUAACUGUACUUUACCGUAUUGGCCACGAAAGGAAAACUGGGCCUAUUGUGGCCUAAAGGAAAGGGAGUGUGUUUUCCAAUACAAAGGCCUCGUCACCUCGGUGUUGCAACCUAAAGCUGCUGAACAAAAGAACAACAAUUAUGCUGAAACAUUUAUUUGUGAUUGUUAUCCUCUGUGUGAUUUUAAUAUGUAUGCCACCUUUGAGGAUUCUGGGAUUUUGGAUCGUAAAUAUUCUUUAACGGAUUUGAGAUUUUUCAAGGACAUCAACAUUACCAAUCACAUUGUCCUUCAUGCAUUUUAUGCGCACCUCUAUGCAGAACGUCUGCGUUUGGAUGUCUAUGAGAAUUGGUUAACAUUUAUUGGAACAUUUGGCGGUAUAACUGGUCUCCAUAUGGGCUAUAGUUUUGUUUCGGGUUUCGAAAUGAUAUUUUUCGUUUUCGUACGUCCAGCCUGCAACUGGUUGACGAAGAAACAAAUUCGCUAUCGCAUAAAACGGCGAAAAAGGAAGGCACAAUUAGAGGCCGAGAAGAAGCGUAAAGCCGACGAGGAGAGGGAACGGCAAGAACGAAUUGAGGCAUUUUUACGAAUGAGGCCAUAUUGUCAGUAUUGAAUGAAA